AUGGAUCUGGUCAACGCGGUGCUUGACUUUUUGGUGCCGCCGGCAAGCUUGCUGACGCUGGCCUUUGCAUGGCCGACUCUGUUUUUGGUCAACACCUGCGAGAGGAUUUACAGCACUUACUAUGACAGUGAAGACAUGGACAACAAGGUUGUGCUCAUCACUGGCGCCUCCUCUGGAAUUGGAGAGCAAAUUGCGUAUCAAUACGCAAAGAGAGGGGCGAACCUCGUACUGGUGGCACGAAGGGAGAACAGGCUGAUAGGGAUUAGCGAGAACGCGAGGAGGCUGGGGGCCCCACAUGUGUUGAUAAUGGCUGCUGAUGUUGUUAAGGAAGAAGACUGUAGGAGAUUCAUAGACGAAACAAUCAAUUAUUUCGGAGGAUUGGAUCAUUUAGUGAAUACAGUGAGUCUCGGGCAUACUUUCUACUUCGAGGAAGCUAAUGAUUCGACUGUGUUCCCCAUUUUAAUGGAUAUAAAUUUCUGGGGCAAUGUGUACCCGACUUACGUGGCGCUACCUUAUUUGCGGGAGAGUAAUGGCCGUAUCAUAGUUAAUGCUUCGGUAGAGAACUGGUUGCCCCUGCCUCGAAUGAGCUUAUACUCUGCUGCAAAAUCGGCACUGAUGAACUUUUACGAGACGUUGAGGUUUGAGAUCAAGAAUGAAGUUGGUAUAACAGUGGCUACACAUGGUUGGAUUGGAACCGAGAUUGCUGGCGGCAAAUUCAUGGUCGAGGAAGGUGCAGAAAUGCAGUGGAAAGAGGAAAGAGAAGUACACGUGUCGGGUGGGGCCGUGAACGAGUAUGCGGAACUGAUAGUGGCGGGGGCAUGCAGAGGGGACCCGCACGUGAAGUACCCGAGCUGGUACGACAUUUUCUUUCUGUACCGAGUGUUUGCACCAAAAGUGCUCUACUGGACUUUUCGGUUUCUUCUGACCAAUGGCGGAGUGAAAAGGGCGACUUCUUAUAUUGGAACCGGGCGACCACUAAUUCAGGAGGUGGCCGCCUCGUCUCCUAGGCUGCAGCUCCUUCUGGAGGCGGCAUCUCCCGCAAGGAGCUUCCGUUACGAGCAAGCGUAA